AUGGCGGUGGCGUGCGCGCGGCUGCCCGGCCGGCACGGCGCGCGCUGGGCCCUGCCGCUCCGCCCGCCGCUCUGCCUCGCCUGCGCUGUGGAGACUCUGGGCGACGGCAGCGCCUCGCUGGUGCGUAAGAAACACGUGCUCUCCCGUCUCCGCGAUGCCUUGGCCUGGCAGCCGCUGCCGGUCAUCCAGCUGCUGGCACCAGAUGAAGGGCUCUGUGUUCAUUUGAUAGGAACUCUCUUUGGGAUGUUGCAUUCUGUGGAAGACAGCAGUGCUUUGGACCUGUUCUUAGAAGUUCUGGUGCAGCUUAUAGUGGAGCUGAAGUCGGAGCAGUACUUACGCUGUGUUUUGAAUGAAAGCCAAAAAGAGCUGUGCAAAGCGACUACCAUGAGAGGCAGUCUGCCCACAUUCACUCUCUUGGGCAAGCUGGCAGAUGCCAUCCCUGUCUUAGCUGAUUUACUGGUGGUACAGCACAGUAAUUUAGUGGAUCACCUGCUGAUGGGCUUGACAUAUCCAAAUGAAGCUGUAAAGGCGGCUGUCUGCUACUUGUAUGGCAAGCUGUACUCCUCUCCUGUUGGCACAGAACGGCUCUCUGCACACUUCACAGAAAGGCUAUGUGGUGUCUUCUUGAAUACUUUGGGACAUGCACAGACAAAGGAGCUACAGGUUAAUUGUUUGGGUUUGCUUAAGGAGCUGCUGAAAUCUGACCAUUUUGUUUCCAUUCUUAUGAAUAAUUCAAAGACAGAGGAGGAGUCUGAGAACCCAGACUUUUUAGAGGGCGAAAACCCACUGCCACUUGUUCUGAAAAAGCUUUUGUUGACCAGAGACGAGAUGUUACAGGCAGCAAGUUCUCACUGUAUGGCAGCAGUGCUGGUUCACUCUCCCAGCAGAUAUGGUCCUGCCUUUAUCCAUGCUGAUGUCCCAGAAUUCCUGUUUGAGUGUCUCUCAUGCUCCAAUGAAAUUCUCAUCUGGUCGGUAUAUUGCUGCUUGCUUCUCCUAACUGAAGAGCGCCUUUUCUUCUCGAAGUGUCACACAGUCUAUGGUGUUGAAUCUCUGGUGAGGAGUCUCCGAGAUGUCCUGCAGCUGAACAAUGUAGAGUUGCACAAGCAAGGGCUCCUGCUCUUCACUGAAAUACUGAAAAGCACCACUGGAGUAGCAGGCACAGUUUGGGGCCCAAAGACAAGAAGAUGCAGGAGUGCUGUCCUGCAUGCUUUCUCCCCAGAUCCCAAGGACAUCAAAAUGCACCAUAUUGCAAGUGGGUUUAUGCCUCUUGGGCAACCAGUGGAAAUCAAAUUAUUCACAAACCGAGGUGUAUGUAAAGAAGCCAUUGAUGUUCUGAUGGAGACAGUGAACUGCCCAGUGCUUGAGGUGGCAGUAGAGGCUGUGAAAGCUGUGGCAGCCUUUCUGAGCAAGGACCAUUUGAGCUCCCCUCCAGUCCCGUAUGAAGAGCUACAGAAGCUGUUGGAGGCAGUGCUGAAGCGAUGUGCUGACCUUUCCCCACCACAGAGUAACAAGGGACAUGCAGGUGACCUCCUAUUCUCAGUGUCUCAGAGUCACUCAGGAAACAGAAAUCUUAGCAGAGUACCUCAGAGACAGGGACAGUUCUUGCUCAACACCCUGGAAAGUUUCAGAAAUGCAUGUAGGUUAGCAGUGGAGUUCCAGAGUGACCCGAUGGCCCAGGAGAAUGCUUUCACUGCCCCCAGCUCCGAGAGCAGGGACACUCUAAGCAACUUCUCUGAGUUCCUGUUGAGGAUUUGUGACAAUAUCUGCAUCCCCAUGGUCAUGAACUACCUGGAAAAGGCUGCCAGCCCAUCAGUGAUGGAGGUUUUCAUAUCAACCCUUAAUACCCUGUUUACAGUGAUGCCGAACAUGAGGGAUAAGUUCUCCAAAAAGCUGGCAUCCUCCUCCUUCAUCCGACUGACGUUGGAGCUGAAGGCCAGAUUUUGCUCUGUGCAAAGUAAUCCUGUCUUGAAUCAAGCAUGUUCCAGCUUCCUCUACAACUUGUGCCUGAGCCUCUACUCUACCAUGGAGAAGGAGAGAGAUUCUUCUCAAGAGGAGCAAGAGAUGUCUGAGCUCCUGCAGAAGGGCCUGCCUCAAUUAAACUACACAGUUCCUGAAAGCCUUCUCCUGCUGACUGAAAAUCCUGAACCUUUCUCUUUGGAUCAGUCUCUUUGCAGUCACCAGCACUGCUUCAUACUCCUUUUAUACUUUGCCUACAUCCUUGGGGACAGGUUUGUCCCAGAGGCAGAAUUAUUUUUAGCCAUAAAAAAUUUCCUUCUAUCAGCACAGGACCGUGGAGACUGUCCCCCUCCAUACAUAUGCAGAGCUGUGCUUUACCUCCUUGCUGUCUGUCAGGACAAAGGCAAAGACCUGGACUUGAGGUCAUUGUGUGCCAUAAAGAGGAUCCUGGAUAAUCUCCCAGAUCUGGGCUUGGUCUACGUUCACUGUCCUCUUCUACUGAAUUUUUUCCUGCACUACCCUGAACUUAUGGGCAGAUUUGGACACCAGGUCCUUCAGCUCUGGUUUUCCUGGGAAGACUGCAAUGAAACUGAGACUGAUGAAGCUGGUUUUGGCAUAUCUGAUCAACUGAACAGCGCUAACCCUUUACUUCCCAUUCUGAAGAGCAAUUCAAGCAUUUUGCUUAUUCUACUGGAUUUGGUCUGCUCAAGCUCUAUGGAUGUGGCUCGGAAGGUGUUGGUGACUCUAAAAUCCUUCUUGGAAAAAAAUGAGGAUGUCCUUGUCUGUGACCUCCUCCGGAGUCAGUUCCUACAGAUUCUGCAGCAGCUGCUGGUAGAGAGCAGCUCUGCCUCCUUACAAGCUAACAGGAACCUGCCUCUUUUGCUGAACCUCCUUUUCCUGGUGCAGCUGCGGAACAGGGGUGUGAGAGAGCUGGACAGCACAGACUUCAGGCUGCUUCACCAAGUCAGUAACCUCUGUGGGAAAUGUACGCCGAGGGACACUGACCUCCUGCAGCCAUCCUUGAAUUUCUUGUACUGGAGCCUUCAUCAAACAACACCCAGCAGUCAACAGAGAGCUGUGGCUGUGCUGCUCUCCAACGUGUCCUUGCUAGAGCUCCUGCAGAAGGUUUUGCAGUGCACCUGGUUGUGGUCCUCUCACUCUGAACCCACUUACCUGUCAUCUGAAGAUGCCUUGCUGUGCUCUGGAUGGCUGUUGGCUGCUUCCCUCUUAAUUUAUCAGCAUCGUUACAAUGCUGAGGUUCACCAGACACUCUCUCUAGACCUAAGAGAAGUCCUAAAUGCAAUCAUUUUCAGGAAGAAGAAGCCCAUCUUGCUGCUAGUAAGCAUCCUGCAGUUCGUGAGAGCUAUCCUGCGACAGAACUUCUCUUCUCUGCUGGUGACUGUCAUCCAAACCACAGCCCAAGGUGGGAGGGAACCACAGCUGAUUUCUCUGGAGGAUUCUGCCCUGCUCCCCCUUGAUGUGCGAGAGGUCUUCUCACUUGUUGUCAGUCUGCAGAACCUCCUGGUGCAUGUCUACUUGCAGAAAGACUUGCUGCUCUCUCAAGCUGUGGUUGCAUGCCUGGAAACCUUACUGGAGUACCUGUGUGUGAAGAACCAGGAUGUUGCACUACAUGUUGCUUCACAGCCCUGGCACCGUUUCAUGCUCUUCACGCUACUCAGUGGGGGACGGAAGUCCUUUCUGCAGCCAGAAAUCCUCAGGCUUAUGACUUUGUUUGUGAAAUACCAGAGCAGCAAUAUUAUUUCUCAAAAAGAAAUAAAUCAGGUUAUCCAGGAGGCAACAGAAGCCAAGUUACCAGAGCUGCCUGAGGCCACAUGUCGUGCUCUUCAUCUCUUUCUUUGUCAGAUUCAGAGCAGCUGUCAUCAGAUGGAGCCAUUGCAGGCAGGGACUGUUCAGACCUUGCUGGAAAGUCUUCUGGAACAGAUGAGGAUUCAAGCAAAAUGUCAGGACAUUGUAUGCCUGGGAAACGUGGCAGUGUCCCUCUCACACAUUGGAGACUGA